AUGGAAAACAAUCAUAAACUUACAGAUUUCGUAAUUCAAAAAGAACUUGGCCGCGGAAGCUUUGGAAUUGUAUUUUUAGUACAAAAUACAAGAAACCGCAAAUUUUAUGUGCUAAAGCGCAUCAACUUAGGCCUUUUAACCAUAAAGCAAAAGAAAGCAGCACUCAGAGAAGCAGAAAUUUUGAAACAAUUAGACCAUCCACAUAUUACCAUGCUCCCCCCAGAAUUAUCCUGAAAGCAAUCCAUAUAUAUUUAUAUUAGGUAAUCCAAAGGAAAAAGCAUAUUAAAUAUCAUGCAUCCUUUCUAGAAGAUAAUGACCUCUCAUUGAUUAUGGACUAUGCAGAAGGUGGAGAUCUGCAACAGUUGCUGCUUAAACACAGACUAAGAAAGAAAAAUUUCAACGAAAAAGAACUAUGGAGAUUUGCAAAUGAAUUAUGUUCAGCCGUGAGCUACUUGCAUAGCAGAAAAAUCAUACAUAGGGAUAUUAAGUGUCAUAAUGUAUUCUUAACUAAAGACCACUCAGUAAAGUUGGGCGAUUUAGGAGCUUCAAAAAUGGUCAGUGCAGAAAUGCAGGCUACAAGAGUAGGGACUCCUUUAUAUUUAGCCCCAGAAAUGGUCAAGCAGCAGCCCUAUGACUUUAAGGUCGAUGUAUGGGCAAUAGGCUGUGUUUUAUAUAACUUAGCCUCAUUAGAGUCUCCAUUUGUAGGGAGAAAUUUAAUAACUCUUGGUAUUUCUAUAGUAAACAAAAUACCAAAGCCACUUCCAUCUGGAUACUCUAAAAGGCUUUCUGAGUUAAUAAUGAAGCUUUUAGAGAAAAAACCCAUAGAGAGACCAAGCAUGCAAGAGACUAUGCAGUUUCUACAGAAUGAACUGACUAAUUUUAAUAGUGUAGAAAUCGACGAAAUGAGCACGAUGUGUACACUAAAUAAAAGUAUUGAACCUUACUAUCCUUCAGUAUCAAAAAUACCAAAUCCGACUUCUUGCAAACCGUUUACUAUUUGUAACGUCCCAGAAAAAGCAAGGUUUUAUGAUGACCGAGAAGAAGAAAAAAUCAUCAAAAGACCUUCAACGCAGCCUGGGAGACCAAGAACGGCUGGGCUUGAAAAGCUUUUAGCGAGGAGAGAAAUUGCGUCAAUAAACCCAUAUAUUUCACCUCAGGCUUCACAAGGAAGCUAUUAUGUGGAGAAGGUAAGCUUUUCGAAUAAUUUGAGACAUUGCGAUUCUGAAGGCAUAAAUAAAAAACUGAGAAAAGAUCCGAUACCAAUUUUCCCAAGGAAAUCGUCAAUUCCAGUUAUUCCAUUAUUAUCGUCAUCUCAGACAUCAAUAUCAAAUAUUAUUGACAAAAGGCUUGACCAAGCUCCUGUUAUAAUAAGAGCUACGCCAACGUCAGUUGGUACUAUUAAGCCAAGCUCUCCUCAUCCGCAGCAAGCUCCACCAGGAGUUAUAUUGAAGCCUCAGCUUGCAAGACCUCAAACUUCUCAGCCUAGAAUAGCAUUGCAAGGAAAUUUUACAAGACCAAAAUCUGCUGUUAGCAGAGAAAAUAUUUUAUUCACGACUCCAGCGUUAAAAUCUCUUGUAAAAUCUAAUGCUGCCAUCAAGCUUUCCUUAAGCCAAGAGUCAUCGAGCAUCAAGAAAAAACCAAGUAUUAUUGAUUUAAAAUGUUUGUAA